AUGGAGGCUCUGCUUCAGACUUAGUAACAGCUGAGGAUAUUUGCGUGAGGAAAACUGUACAUGUACAAAACCAAAACCCAGUGUAGAGAGCGGACAGCCCUGUUGGUGAUGGAGAUAGACAGCUAGGGGAGUUUCCCUGUCGACAGCAGCGGACCUGGCUGUAUCCACCAUGGAUUUGGAUAAUAUCUUGUCGCAGCUUGAAACAGCCAACGAAGAGGAAAUUGAAAAGCUUCUACAGCAGUAUAAUCGAGAGAACAGUCACACCUUCACUUUUGAACAAAAAGAAGAAACCCUGCGGAGUAAGCUGUGUCAGAGUGUGUUGACAGUACUUGGGAGGCAGAUGCAGCCCAGCUGUCAGAAGACAUGUUUGGAGACACUCCGCAUCCUGUCCAGAGACAAACGUGUGCUCGCACCUGUAGCCACCAGGGAGGGCAUGCUGAUUCUGGGAGGGAUGGCGAGGCUGCAUGCUGGAGAUGAAGGAGGUGAUAACCAGAAAAGCUCUCAGGAAGAGGUCCUGUCACAGGAGGAGGAGAGGGUUGUGGUGGAGGCCUUAAAGUGCCUAUGCAACGUGGUGUACAACAGCCCUGCGGCUCAGCAGGUUAGUGUAGAUGUGCAGCUGUCUCAUGGCCUCUGUGCCAGCCUGCACACGGGCCGCACGAGGCACCAUGAGGUGGGCCUGUUCACCCUGCGCCUUCUUUUCCUGCUGUCUGCCCUGAGACCUGAUUUGAGAGGGGUUUUGAGGAGAGAAUGGCAUGCUGUGAAACUACUGUCAGAGGUUCUGGAGCACACCCUGGAUGUGCGCUGGGUUGGUCCCUAUGAAGCUGCCCGUCCAGAUCUACAGGCUCUGCCCAUGCCUGCAGAGGACAAUGAACGAGCAAUGGAAGCACUCAAAGCCUUGUUCAACCUCACGCUGUCUCUUACUGGUGGAGAGGACGAUGACCACCAGUCCCGACUCAUUGCUGCCAUCCUGCGUCAUCUGCUGAUGCUGAAGACUGAGACGGAGGAGAAGACAGAGGAAGCGCACAGCCAUGCAGUCAACCUGCUGAAUAACCUACCCGUGUCCUGUUUGGACGUGCUCAUCAACGUGCCUGUCCAGGGAGGACAAGAGAAAUAUAGUGGGAAAAACAUGGAUGCAGUCCAGGUGUUACUCGACUUCAUGGAGAAAAGGAUCGACAAGCAGGGCUCAAACUACAAGGAGGGUUUAACCCCAGUGCUCAGCCUUUUGACUGAAGGCUCCAGACACCACAGGGAGAUCCGCAGAUAUAUCAAAGCUCAGGUACUUCCCCCACUGAAAGAUGUGAAGAUCAGGCCAGAGAUCGGCUCCACCAUCAGAAACAAGUUGGUUCGCCUUAUGACACAUGUUGACAUGGGUGUGAAGCAGACGGCUGCAGAGUUUCUCUUUGUACUCUGCAAAGAAAACGUUGACAACCUGCUGAAGUACACGGGGUAUGGAAACGCAGCAGGACUCCUGGUGGCUCGAGGACUUCUCGCAGGAGGGAGAGGAGAGACUCAGUACUCUGAAGACGAGGACUCAGACACAGAGGAAUACAAAUCUGCAAAACCCUUCAUCAACCCCAUCACCGGUCACGUGGAGGAGCCGAUGCCGAACCCCAUUGAAGAAAUGACAGAGGAGCAGAAGGAGUAUGAAGCUGAGAAACUGGCCAAUAUGUUUGACAAGUUGUCAAGGCAGCACGUGAUCCGGCCAAUGGGGGUCAGACCUGACGGGACGUUAGCUCCUCUUGAGGAAACUCUCUGUAAUGUACCUGAGGACAACUCAGGAUCAGACUCUGACUAGUGCACUGCACAUCCAGGCCUAGGGUAAGCUCAUCGGGUCCCAGCACUUCUAAAGCUGUGUCCUAUUUCAAGGGCUGGAUCCAAUCAAAGUGGUUCAUUCAAAGCUGAACCUGUGUCUCUGUCCUCAAUGAGAUAACUAUCACAGAAUGAGUGUAGAGCAGAAAUGAGAACCUCAGUGUAUUGGCACAUAUCAGUACAGUCUGACGGGACUACUCAAACCCAAAUCAAUGAUGGAAUUUAGGCUCCACCUUUCAACUCAUAUUAACAGGAAGCUGCCCUAAGUUGGCUAAAAGGUUUUAACAGUGGCAACUGGGGCACACUUUGUGAUAGCAGAGUUGUAAUGUGUUUUGUAAGAAAUGAAACAUAACCAGCGAACACUUUAUCAAGUUAAAGGUACUUGUGUCCACGUGACACCUUGCAGAAUAAGUGACGUUAGCCUAGUUUAAGUGAUAUUUUCCAGUGACUCGUGACCACUUGAAUGCAAAUAUGAUAAGCUUCCUUCCUUAACCCCAUUCGGUGUCCUCCGAAGUGGCAAAUGUGACGUUAUGACAUGUUCAGUGUAGAAAUUUGACUUAUGGUGAUCCAGCCCUGAACCGGGACACAGCUGAAACUCCUGGUCCUGUUGCAGCACUAAUCCAUUCUCCAAAGUGGAAGUGGACUUGAUACGUGAAAGAAAGACUCAAAAUGCAUAGGAGGCCUCCGUGGUUACUGUUGCACCUUUCUCAUAUGUUGUAUUGCUUGAGACAAUAGAGGUAAGGAUAUAAUUAUUGCUGGCUUUUGUAUAUCUUAUUGAAAGAACUGCUAUGUUAAAAUGGUAAUUGGGUCUAAAUAAUCAUUCCUUCACUUGUGCUUUGUUGUUUUUCACCUUCUCUUGUAUUUUAUCUGCUAGCUGAUUAUUUUGUCCACUCUUUGUGUUUCUAGAUGAAUCAAGUGCACAUUGUACACACACACGUUUAAACAUGGUAUCACAGAAUCACCUUGUUCUUGGUUUUAAAUCACAGAGCCUGUCCAGUAUGAGCUGGCGGAUUGAUGCAGAUGCAGUGUGGGUAGUUUGACCUCACAGUGGGUCUGUUUGUGGUUUUGUAAUUAUUCUGAAUGUUGCACGUCAGUUGUCCUGAGGAAACUUUCUGAAUUAAUGUCUAACCUGGCUCACUGUAAUGGGGACACCAAGUUAGGCUAACUUGGCUUCAUUUAAAAUGAGAACUUAAGAUGGAAUGCAUCACGUUGCUGCGGGGGACGAUAGUUUCUGCCUCCUGUGAACUCUUGACAAAGAAAUUUAUCAGCUGCAGUGAUUGUUUUCUAAUCCAUGUUACUUCUGCCAAAUUUCCAGGUUAAAUCAGUGAUAUAUAUUUUGUUUUUAUUGAUGUUUUUGCUAAUUUUAUAUAAAUCCACAGUCUUAGUGGGCAUGUAAACUGAAUAAUUCUUCUUUAUGUUGGUACAAUUUAAUUUAAUCACAACAGAUUUGUCCCCCGGAGUGAAAACUGCUCAGAUGGAUUUCUCUGUAAAAAUCCAGAAUAAGUGAAUAUUACUUUAAUCAGAGAAUAUGUCUGAUUUUUACAGUAAUAAAUGACGAUUCACUUCUUUAAUGGUGAAUAAUCAUGAGAUCAGCUGUGCGAUUGAGCUGGGAUAACCGCGACCCCGACGGAUAAAGCCGUAGAGAAAAUGGAUGGAUGGAUGGAUAAUCGUGAACACACUUUUCACCUGAUGCGUUAAUCACUACUGUUGCCUGCUCACACACAGAAUUUUUCAGAUAAGCAUAUAAAUAUUUCUGUGAUCUGGACUGGGCUUCACACAGGUGCAAAGAGGCGAGAACAUCUUCAGUCUGAGUGAGCCAUGACAGGUCUGAUACACAGAUGCUCUUCUUCCUCCACAGUCUGAGUGGGAUAAAUCAAAACUUUAUGUUGGUCACUUUUCCAUGUGGAAAGAACAUAUGUGAUGGGAACAGUUUUUGUUUUACACAUUCUUCGCAUUUUGUAAAUAGCACCAAACUUGUUUAUGUAGUGAGGCUUCCACUGAAAUGCUAAUAAAUCAGAGAAUUAUAA